UAACUGGCCAUUUUCUCUCCGAUACGUGGCAUAGGCACGAAUAACUUCCACGUUCGCCGCCAUUUUGACACUCAGCGAAUAGUAGUGACUUCAUAGAAUUGAAGAAUUUUUCAUUAAAUAACGUUUAAUAAGUGUGCAAAAAUAAUAUAUUUAAGUCAGCAAAAUGGGGAAUAUGUUUGCAAAUUUAUUUAAGGGCCUAUUUGGCAAAAAGGAAAUGAGAAUAUUGAUGGUUGGACUUGAUGCAGCUGGUAAAACCACAAUUCUAUAUAAACUCAAAUUAGGAGAAAUUGUUACAACUAUUCCUACUAUUGGCUUUAAUGUGGAGACAGUAGAAUACAAAAACAUCAGUUUCACUGUAUGGGACGUCGGUGGUCAGGACAAAAUCAGACCACUGUGGAGGCAUUACUUCCAAAACACACAGGGUCUCAUCUUUGUAGUAGACAGUAAUGACCGAGAACGUAUCGGCGAAGCGCGCGAGGAGCUAAUGCGAAUGUUAAGUGAAGACGAGCUGCGGGAUGCGGUGCUCUUGAUCUUUGCAAACAAACAGGACCUGCCGAACGCCAUGAACGCGGCGGAGAUCACGGACAAGCUGGGGCUGCACUCGCUGCGCAACCGCAACUGGUACAUCCAGGCGACCUGCGCCACGUCCGGCGACGGGCUCUACGAGGGCCUCGACUGGCUCUCCAACCAGCUGAAGAACGCCAACCGCUAACCGCUAACGUGCGCCCGCAUCUGAUCACUGAGAGACUAUGGUUUAAGAUAUGUUCACUUUAUUUGCUAUAAAUACAACGUAUUAUGUGCGGAAUCCAUGUAAUGUCGCGCCACCCGCCGACCGAGCGCCCCGCCCCCGCCGGCCCGCUCGGUCGCCGCUGACGCCGAACAAAUAGAUCGUAAAGCGACCUCUCUUUUCUUUUCACCCGUAACGAACGUGUACAUUAAUUACGCAUCGUGAUGUGGAUAGGUAUUCAGACGACUCGUGAUAGUGUGGAUCGCAGCAUAACAUGUUUUAUAAGUAUACUAUAAUAAUGUGGAAUAAGUUGUCGUAAUAAAGUAUUUAAAGUUAAUUGAAAUCUAUGAUUUUGAUUUAUUAGCGUUAGCGCAUAAGGUAGGUUGGAGACCCGAGCCGUGUCGAGUGCCCAAGAGCUAUCCGCUCGUCAGCAGCUCGUCGCGAUAGGCGACUCUCGCAGUAGCAUCCGCCUUCGACCUAUUCACAUCGCUUUGUGACUAUUUAGAUUAAUAUUCUCCAGUUUGAUUGUACGGUGAUGUAAAACACCAGUUUUGUGCAUAUUCCAAUUUAUUAUUUGAUCGACGUAUUGUAUGAUGAUAGUUUAUUUUUUAUGGAAGUUAACUAGGUAGAUUAAGCUGUUAUGUAAUUUACAUUCGAAACCUGUUUGGCGAUCUUCGUUAUCGAAUCGAUCGUCGUCGCGGACCGCAUUUAUAGUUGACUUCUCAUGACGAACCGAUUAUAAUAUUUAAUUUAGGUGUAUUAUGUAUUAGAUGAUCACAGUGUCAUUUGGAGAAGUGUUUCUGUGUACAGGGAAGCAGUGCUCAGAAUUCUCAAUGGUACUUUGCUCUUACACAAUUAAUUAUAACUUAGCAUUUUUAUAAUAAUUUAGAAGAGAUUGUUAAAACACAAUUCAAGGAUAUAAUUAUGAGGCAAGUGUGGUAAAGAGAUUUCUUUUUAUUUUUAUGGAUAUCAAAAGGUUUACUGAAAGCAAAAUGUGACAUUCCGGUUUGUCUUAACGCUGUAUUAUGGAAUAAAAUAUCCUCACCAAA